CUUCUUCUCCAUCGCCACAAGGUAUUAAGCAAACAGAGUUUACUAACCACUAGUUCCAGUGACUCAAAGCUAGAGAAAAAGAGAGAGAGAGUUAAUGGCGAAGGAUGUGGAAGGUGAGUUUACAGCGAAGGACUACACUGACCCACCGCCGGCGCCGUUGAUCGACGUGGAGGAGUUGGGUAAAUGGUCAUUUUACAGAGCUGUUAUAGCUGAGUUCAUAGCAACGUUACUGUUUUUGUACAUAACUGUGGCGACGGUGAUCGGUUACAAGCAUAUGUCCGAUACCAACCUCGGCAACCCUGACGCCGCCUGCAGCGGUGUCGGUAUCCUCGGCAUCGCAUGGGCUUUUGGUGGCAUGAUCUUCAUCCUUGUUUACUGCACUGCCGGCAUCUCCGGAGGGCAUAUAAACCCGGCAGUGACGUUCGGGUUGUUUCUAGCUCGGAAGGUGUCACUGGUACGAGCGUUGUUGUACAUGAUUGCUCAGUGUUUGGGUGCUAUUUGUGGUGUUGGUCUUGUUAAAGCAUUCCAAAAGGCCUUUUACGUCCAUUACGGCGGCGGUGCCAACACGCUCGCCUCAGGCUACUCUCGUGGCACCGGCCUCGGCGCUGAAAUCAUCGGCACUUUUGUUCUUGUGUACACUGUCUUCUCCGCCACUGACCCUAAACGCAACGCUCGUGACUCUCAUGUCCCUGUUUUGGCUCCUCUACCAAUUGGAUUUGCAGUUUUUAUGGUCCACCUUGCUACCAUUCCCAUCACUGGCACUGGCAUCAACCCUGCCAGAAGCUUUGGUGCUGCUGUCAUUUACAACAAAGACAAAGCUUGGGAUGAUCAGUGGAUCUUCUGGGUAGGACCAUUCAUUGGUGCUGCAAUUGCUGCAAUAUAUUAUCAGUUUGUUCUCAGAGCUGGUGCAGUGAAGGCUCUUGGCUCAUUCAGGAGCAAUGCUUGAUUCAGAGAUUAUUAUUAUUAUCACUAAAUCUCUUCUUCUUCUUCUUCUUCUUCUUCUUCAUGUACCAGUGUUUGUUACUCUGCUUUAAUAAGAUCUGUCAUCUGGCUUGGAAUUGUAGAUAUCUGGGCUUAAUCUCUUCUUCCUUCUUCUCAUCAUGCAUCCAUCGCUGGCCUUGUUUUUAUUUUUAUUUUUCCUUUUUUCCUUUUUUGUUUUUCAAUUUUCAUUCCAAUGCUGUAUUUCAAGUUUCUCCUUGUAUGAUGUAAUAUUGAACAUCAUCAUGUUUAUGGUCUAUUGUUAUUACAUGUCACUUUCACUUCA